GUUCGGUGGGCGCUUUCCACGUCAAUACAGUUUUCCAUGUUUUGACCGAUUGAUUGUUUUGUGAGCCGCCCGGAAAUCAUCUAAUAUCGCGUCUUAUAAAAAUUGAAGAAGGACUGAAACCAUGGCUGUCCCAACAUCGGUUUCGCUGGUCUUAGCCUCGGUCACGGCCGUACUGAUUUUCUCCGCAAUGCAGAUGUACAAACCAUUGAUAGCAUCAUCUCAGAUAGCAACGAUUUUUGGUGGAUACAUGGGAUCUUGGCUUUUCAUCCUUUCCUUGACUGCCGUAUCAAACCUGGAAGCUGUGGUUUUGGGUAAAGGUUUUCAGGCGAAGCUGUUCCCAGAGGUUGCGUUCUGCCUUGUAGGGUCGCUGUUUGCCUGUGGCAUGGUGCACCGUGUUUGUGCAACUACAUGUAUGCUAUUCUCCAUAGCGGCACUGUAUUAUAUCAACAGGAUUUCCCAGAAAGUGCACAACGCCCCUGUUCCUACAGAUACUUAUGUUGGGAAGAAAAAGAAGAAAUAAGUUGAAAUGCGUUGUAUCUGAUACGUGUAUGGCAUAUUUCCAUGAUAUAUUUCGACUGUAAUGUGCAGACCAGAAGACCAAAUACAGUACCGAUUCAAAUCUA